AAUCGAAAUUCAAACAAAAAAAAACACAUAAUAAAACAAAAAGAAAAAAAAAACAUUUUUUCCAACACUUGAAAAGAAAAAUCAUAAACUUUACUAAUAAUAAAGUUUACUAUUAAUGAAGGGAGGGGUUAAACUUUUGGCCGUGUGCCUUUGCGUGGCCACGGCGACCGUCAUGAUGGUCCAAGCGGAGGACCCUUACUUCCACCACGUGUGGAACGUGACGUACGGAACCGCAUCUCCUCUCGGCGUUCCACAACAAGUCAUCCUCAUCAACGGUCAAUUCCCUGGUCCUAACAUCAACUCGACUUCUAACAACAACGUCAUCGUUAAUGUCUUCAACAACCUCGACGAGCCUUUCCUCAUCACCUGGGCCGGAAUCCAGCACAGGAAGAACUGCUGGCAAGAUGGAACAGCUGGAACAAUGUGUCCGAUCCCUCCGGGUCAGAACUUUACAUACCAUUUCCAGCCAAAGGAUCAAAUCGGUAGCUACUUCUACUACCCGACCACAGCCAUGCAUCGUGCCGCUGGUGGCUUUGGUGGCCUUCGUGUGAACAGCCGUCUAUUGAUCCCGGUUCCUUACGCUGACCCUGAAGAUGACUACACUAUCCUUAUCAACGACUGGUACACCAAAAGCCAUACUCAGCUCAAGAAGUUCCUCGACAGUGGUCGUACUAUUGGUCGUCCUGAUGGCAUUCUCAUCAACGGUAAAUCCGGGAAAACUGAUGGCUCUGACAAACCUCUUUUCACUUUGAAGCCAGGGAAAACAUACAGAGUUCGUAUCUGUAACGUGGGUCUCAAGGCAUCUCUUAACUUCAGGAUUCAGAACCACAAAAUGAAGCUUGUCGAGAUGGAAGGCUCACAUGUUCUACAAAACGACUAUGACUCGCUUGAUGUCCAUGUCGGUCAGUGUUUUGGUGUAAUCGUCACGGCAGACCAAGAACCUAAAGAUUACUACAUGAUUGCUUCCACAAGGUUCUUGAAGAAACCUCUGACAACCACAGGAUUGCUCCGCUACGAGGGAGGCAAAGGUCCUGCGUCUUCUCAGCUACCUGCGGCCCCCGUUGGUUGGGCUUGGUCUUUGAAUCAGUACCGAUCUUUCAGGUGGAACUUGACAGCCAGCGCCGCUAGACCUAACCCACAAGGCUCGUACCACUACGGAAAAAUUAAUAUCACUCGCACCAUCAAGCUCGUGAACACUCAGGGAAAGGUCGAUGGCAAGCUUAGGUACGCGUUGAGCGGGGUCUCCCACACCGACCCUGAGACACCUCUCAAGCUUGCUGAGUACUUCGGCGUUGCUGAUAAGGUUUUCAAGUACGACACCAUCUCGGACAACCCAAAUCCUGAUCAGAUCAAGAACAUCAAGAUCGAACCCAAUGUUCUUAACAUCACUCACCGCACCUUCAUUGAAGUCGUGUUCGAGAACCACGAGAGGAGUGUCCAGUCUUGGCAUUUGGACGGCUAUUCCUUCUUCGCUGUAGCGGUUGAGCCAGGGACAUGGACACCAGAGAAGAGGAAGAACUACAACCUUCUAGAUGCAGUGAGCCGACACACAGUCCAGGUCUACCCCAAGUGUUGGGCUGCAAUCUUGCUCACAUUCGACAACUGUGGAAUGUGGAACAUUAGGUCGGAGAACGCAGAAAGACGCUACUUGGGACAGCAACUGUACGCAAGCGUCUUGUCACCAGAAAAAUCUCUCCGGGACGAAUACAACAUGCCGGAGACAAGCCUUCAAUGUGGUCUUGUCAAGGGCAAGCCUAAGGUUAACCCUUAUGCCGGAGCUUAAUUUGCUUUCUUUGAAAUUAUUUAUCACAAAAAAAAAAAAAGAGUUUGGUUUUUCUUUUGUUGAGACCAAUUUGGAACCGAACGGAUUAUGUUUUUUUGGGUCUUUUAAUUAUUUCAUUCAAGUUAUUAAUUUGACUUAAAACGAUAUUGUUAUUCAUAUGUACAUGAACUGAAAUGUAUGUAUGUUUAUUCCUUGAGUUUUUCUUCUUCUUCUUCUAAACGAUGAAUCAGCUAAUCCUUGUUAGUUGAAUUCAUUUUUCUACGUUCCUCUACUUUAUUUUAAUAAAUCUUAUGUAAUUUAGUCUUAUAUUUCAAUUUUUCAACUUUUGAAAUAAGCAGAAAAUGAUAUUUGUUUUGCCACCUAAUGAAGUGUACUUUUUUCUUUAACUUUACCGCAUUCGUUUUCUUUCUUGUCGUACCAAGUAAUUUAUAAUUUCCAAUUCAUUACAAAAAUUGUCAUGAUACCAAUUAUAUACUCUAUGUUUCUUUUGGACAAAA